AUGGCGGCCGCGCGCGCUCAGUUAGCAACGAAGGUUGCGACCACACAGGGGGACCGCGCGCAGACGCUGGAGGGUUGUAUACCAGCCCUACUGGAAAGCGUGCGCUGUCUCGAGGACCUGCAGGCGGUGCAAGCAUACUUGGACCAGGGGUUCGCUGACCAUGGACUGCAAGCUGCCGAGAUGGAGGCGGUCCUUGCGGCCUGUAACCGAAAGUUGAAGUCUGCGCAAACUGUACUACCUCGUCGGAAGCAGCAGGAUUAUGUACGCGUGCACGAUGUGAAAGGAGCAGAUGGAUGUUUGCUCGUCGAGUUGCUGCCGAAGGAUGCGCAACAGAUCCCUCCGACCUUGCGAGACCGUCUCCAGCUGGAACAGUUGCCGGAGGACAAAAUGCCCGUGUCCUUUGCACAUCUGGCGGCUUUCGCACCACGCGUGCGAUUGCGCCAGACUCGCCCGGCGGAACCACGUGAGCAAGCAUGGGUGCCGCAGUUAGCACACUUGUUGAACCAAUUGCAGUCACGUAGUGACGGAGGUCUGCAUAAUUUGCAAAUUUUUACUCCAGCGCAGACAAAGUGUCCGCAGCCGCAGCUGGCGUUGACCAAUGAGGCCGCAGAGCCGCCGCAGACGCAGCUCGCACCGGCCGACGCGCCAGCGGCACGAG